ACAAUGAAUCCAGAAAACGCCACCAAGCCUGUGACUGAGUUCAUCUUGUUGGGUUUCCCUUCCCUGGAGCAGAAGAACCGCAUCCUCCUAUGCAUUCUUCUCUCCUUAGCCUAUACUGUGACGCUGGCAGGCAACUUGUGCAUCGUAUGGGCUGUUGUGCGAGACCCCCGCCUCAACUGCCUGCCCAUGUAUGUCCUGCUGGGGAACUUCUCUUUCCUGGAGACCUGCUAUGUCACCGCCACGGUGCCACGGAUGAUCUCAGACCUGGCAACCCCCCAGGGAGAUGUCAUUUCCUUUCAAGGCUGCUUCCUCCAGUUCUACUUCUUCUUCUCCAUGGGGGCUGCUGAGUGCUUCUCCCUUGCAGCCAUGGCUUUAGAUAGGUACCUGGCGAUCUGUCAUCCCCUGCACUACUCCAGCUUUAUGUCCCAGCGGCCCUGCCUUGUUCUGGUGGCCUCUUGCUGGUUCCUGGGCUUCCUGUGGUUCAUAGUCCCCAUUGUCCUCAUCUCCAAAGUCCCUUUUUGUGGCCCCAAUAUUCUGGAUCAUUUCAUGUGUGACCCUGUGCUAUUGUUAGCUACUUUCUGCAUCCCAGCUCCCCGCACUAAACUUUCUUGCUACGUCCUGUGUUGCCUCCUUAUCUUCACCACUUUCCUCUUCAUCCUGACCUCCUAUGUGAUGGUCCUUAGGGCAGCAUUUAGGCUGCCAGAGGGGUCUGGUAGACGCAAGGCUUUCUCCACUUGCACCUCACACCUGGCCGUGGUGGGUCUCUUCUACACCUCUGUUAUGGCGACCUACAUCAUUCCGUCAACCCCUGGGAGCAAUGGGAAGGUGGUGACCCUUUUCUAUGUGCUGGUAACUCCACUGCUUAACCCACUGAUCUACAGUUUGAGAAACAGGGAGAUGAAGGAAGCAUUGAGGCGGACACUACUGGGGAAGAGGUAAUGUGUUUCCUCUGGCUCUCAGCUGGAAAGGAGUGGUGCAGAGAAUCAGGCAAGGGACCUUUUCCUGCUAGAGGGCCCCUGUUCCAGUUCUGCCCAAGGGCAGUGGGACUGGCUACAGCAGGGAACUGGUUCUGGGAUCUAGGGCAUUUCAAGUCUAGGACAUGCUAGCUU